UGGUUGCAUGUGACGGUAGCGCAACUGAUCACUCUUGCAAUACUGUUGUUGUCCCCAACAUCAUCAUCAUCAACUGCUAAUCCAACGACAACAACAGUUAUGACCAAACCCCGUUGCGAUGAGUAUUGUGGGGAUGUCAGAAUUCCGUACCCAUUCGGCCUGACACAAGAUUGCUCUCUAAACGGCUACUUUUUAAUAACUUGUGACUAUUCUUUCAACCCUCCAAAAGCAUUUUAUGGCAAAGGUGGGAUAAAUGUUACAGAAAUAAGUAUCGAGCAAGGUCAGAUGCAAAUCUUGAACAAUAUAGGCUAUCAAUGUUACGAUCAGCAGAAUAACUACUUUCCCUGGCUCACCUUGGGCGAAUUCACCGUCUCAAGCACCGCAAAUGAGUUCACUGCAGUUGGUUGUGACACUUCUGCAAUUGUUACUGGCUUCAAAGACGAUCAGCGGUACACCGCCGGUUGCAUAUCCAUAUGUGAACAGAAAGAUAGUAUCGUCGGAGAUUCCUGUUCCGGCGCCGGCUGUUGUCAAACUUCGAUCCCCGUAGGGCUACGGAGCCUUAAUGUGACGUUAGGUAGAUAUUCCAAUAACCAAAAUAUUACGAAAUUCAGUCCAUGUAACUUUGCGUUUAUGGUCAAAAAAGGUGAGUUCAACUUCUCGCUAUCCUCUUUUGAAGAGCUAAGAACACGAGCUAAAAAGUUUCCUCUAGUGCUUGAUUGGACUGUUGGAGAUCAGACUUGUGAGGUGGCUAAGAAGAACUCGAGUACUUAUGCAUGUAUAGCCGAGAAUAGCGAGUGUAUACCUUCCGUCAAGGGCACUUCUGGGUAUCGCUGUAACUGCUCCGAUGGUUACGAAGGUAACCCAUACCUCCCCGAUGGUUGCCAAGGUACGUAUGUCAUAUUCAAUUUUUGGCCAUUGCAGGCAAGGGUCUACGAGCCAAUUUGA